GCAAUGUGUUUUGUUUUGGCAAAAGUAUACACACGUCUCUUUAAAACGUUGUUAAUUUUUAAUGAUUCUAAGUUAUUAACAUAAAAAAUGGAAGCUUCGACUAGUAAGACGGAAUCUACUCCAAAGCAGACAAUGGUUUACGUUUGCGGCGAAUGUCAUCGUGAUAAUGAAAUCAGGCCUCGAGAUGCUAUUCGAUGCAGAGAAUGCGGCUAUCGUAUAAUGUACAAGAAACGUUCAAAAAGAUUUGUUGUAUUUGAUGCUCGCUGACGAAUGUACUUUAAGAUUUCUACGGUAAGGAUUUAAGUGACUACGAAUACUAAAUAAUAUGUAAAUCUUCGCCCUACUAUAUAAAUAUUUUCAAAUAUAUUAUUAUUUUAACUAAA